AUGCUCACUCCUGCUUCCCUCCCACCAACACAGACAGGAAGUGGGAAGGGAAUGGCUCCUGCGGCGCCGGCAACUUCUAGCUCCGGUGUCAGUAUUCCAGUCCACUACCUCUCCUUCUCGUACUUGCUUGGUGCUUGCCUCAUGCUCGCAUUCGUCCUCGGUCCUAUCCUCUACAUGUUUUUCAGGACGCGCAAGACAACAUUUCGGAGAGAAUAAAAACUGGAGAGCAGUACGUAGAACAAUGCGCAUUAUUUAUCAUGUAUAUAAAAAAAGAACGAAGGAGUACACAUAGAGGGAA